CUUCUCCCAAACACAAAACACCAAAAUAAACAAAGUCAGAUGGGCAAUUGCUUAUCUUGUUGCAACAAAUCUAAAGAUGAACAGUACGAGCCUUUACUGGCAGAUCGAGAAAGAGAAGCUGUAGCAGAUUUGUUAAAUUUCUUGGAAGACAGAAAUGAAGUGAAUUUCUAUAGCGAAGAACCAUUAAGGGCGCUAACAAUUCUUGCGUACUCUGACAACAUUGAUCUUCAGCGAUCAGCAGCGCUGGCUUUUGCAGAAAUUACCGAGAAAGAUGUUCGUGAAGUGGAUCGUGAAACCAUUGAACCCGUUUUGUUUUUAUUACAAAGUCCUGACGCCGAGAUCCAACGAGCUGCAAGUGUUGCUUUAGGCAAUUUGGCUGUAAAUGCCGAGAAUAAGGCCCUUGUGGUUAAACUAAACGGCUUGGAUCUCUUAAUUCGCCAAAUGAUGUCUCCCCAUGUCGAGGUUCAGUGUAAUGCAGUGGGAUGCAUCACCAACUUGGCUACGUUAGACGAAAACAAAUCAAAAAUUGCUCAUUCUGGCGCCCUUGGACCUCUAACUCGACUUGCGAAGAGCAAGGAUAUACGUGUGCAGAGAAAUGCCACUGGUGCAUUGCUUAACAUGACCCACUCUUAUGAAAAUCGUCAACAACUCGUCAACGCUGGAACCAUACCUGUUCUCGUUUCCUUACUUCCCAGCCUAGACGCCGAUGUUCAAUAUUAUUGUACAACUUCCAUCAGCAAUAUCGCUGUAGAUGCCAUUCACCGUAAAAAACUUGCUCAAAGCGAACCCAAGUUGGUCCGCUCUCUUAUCCAACUCAUGGAUACUGCUAGUCCAAAAGUUCAAUGCCAGGCUGCUUUAGCUUUGCGUAAUCUUGCUUCUGAUGAGCGCUACCAAAUUGAAAUUGUCCAAAGCAAUGCCUUGCCCUCUUUACUACGUUUACUCCGUUCUUCUUAUCUUCCUUUAAUCCUUGCAUCUGUGGCAUGCGUUCGAAAUAUAUCUAUCCAUCCCCUCAACGAAUCCCCUAUCAUAGAUGUUGGUUUUCUUCGCCCUUUAGUGGACUUGCUCUCUUGUACCGAAAAUGAAGAAAUCCAAUGUCAUGCCGUGUCCACCCUACGCAAUUUAGCAGCUAGCUCAGAACGAAACAAACGUGCUAUUAUUGAAGCCAAUGCUAUUCAAAAGCUUCGUGACUUAAUAUUAGAUGCUCCAGUCAGCGUCCAAAGCGAAAUGACUGCUUGUCUUGCCGUGUUGGCUCUUAGCGAUGAAUUUAAAUCGUAUUUGUUAAAUUACGGUAUAUGUAAUGUCCUUAUCCCUUUGACAGAUUCUAUGUCAAUUGAAGUUCAAGGAAAUUCUGCUGCUGCUCUAGGUAACCUUUCUUCAAAUGUUGAUGACUAUGGCCAGUUUAUUGAGUGUUGGGAUUCUCCAGCGGGUGGAAUUCACGGUUACCUUGUUCGAUUUUUGAGUAGUGAAGACUCUACCUUUGCUCAUAUCGCCGCUUGGACGAUUGUGCAAUUACUGGAGGCUGGAGUUCCUCGAUUAACUGCAUUCAUUCAAUCAAGCGACGAUAUCAUAGAACUCUUGAAUGAUAUAGUUUCCCGAGACGUGAAUAAUGGAGAAUAUGAAGACGGUGAAGGAGAUGUCAUUUUACUGUCGGGUCGAGCACUGCAUCUAAUAGAGCAAGACGCUGAUGCUUAAUCGCUCUUACAGGCAACAUACAUACUUCUAUAUGUAUUUUUCAUCAACAUUCUUUAUCUCGUCAUUCAUCUGUUAAUUUUUUAAUAACCGUCUUUUUUCAAAUAUUAAAUAUUAGAUACUAACUAGAACCUAAUGAUUUGAUUCUAUUUUACUAAUGAAAUUAUUGUUAACUUCUUAUCCAA